AGUAAUGAUGAUUAUUAUAAAUGUUGUAAAAGUUGUAAUACUAUUAUUGUUAUUAUUACUAUUGCUACUUUUUUUAUCAUCGUUAAUAUUAAUGAUAAUGAUAGUGAUGAAGGUGAUAAGAAAUUGAAAG